UUCAGAUCAGAUCCAGCGAGAGAGAGAGACAGAGAAAUCCCCAAUCCACCAAACCCUAACCCACACCCACUAGGAGAGAUCGGCGAGAGAGAUCAGGCGAUGGCCGUUGAGAAGAUGCAGUUUGCCAUGCCGAUGGCCACCGGCUUCGAGGGAUUUCCCUACAUCCCGUUCCAGGCGGAGAAGGAGCAGGCGCAGGCGUUCGUCAGGGCCAGGGCGGAGCCGGAGGAGGAGGCGGCGCUCGUCAUGGUCAGGACGAAGCCAGAGGCGGCGAUCCGCAAUGCCAAGUCCAAGGCGUCCCUGAAGGCCAAGGCCAAGGCAGAGAAGGAGGCGGAGGUCCUCAAGGCCAAGGCGGAGAAGGAAGCGGCGAUCCUCAAGGCCAAGGCGGAGGCAGAGAAGGAGGAAGCGAUCAAGGCCAAGGCCAAGGCGGCGAAGGAGGAGACGAUCAUCAAGGCCAACUGCUGCUGCGGCUCGGACGAGGACGAUGUGCCGUACGACAAGCUGUGCCACGACUCCGACUCGGAGGAAGACCCGGAUAUAAUCAUGUCCAGGAUUGUAGAGCGCUGGGACCUCUUUAUCGAGGAGGAGAAGGUUCGCUUCCCUGGCCUCAAGUUCGGGGGCUCCUGCGAAAGGGAAUACACCGGGGACUCCUACCAAAGGGAAUACACCGGCGAUGAUCAGGAAGAUUCAGAUGACGAGCAGUACUACCACCGCUUGCUGGAUGAGGGUAUUCUGGUUUGAGAUUAUUGCUCUUGUAAUUCGACUGGGAUGAAGGCGGUUCACCAUUGCUAUCAAUCUAUCUAUAUAUAUAGUAGUAGUAGUAGUCAAUUGAUCUGGAGGACAUCUAUGUUAGUGAUCCACCUAUGUGUGUGAUCUUAGUAUUUUAAGUUAAGAGACGCCAAUGAACCAAUGGCAAUGGCAUGUAUGUAUCUACUAUCAACACCAUCAUUAUAUUAGCUAAAUUAUGCUGUUCUGGUCUUGUCUGCCAUA